GAUGUUGAGUUUGAAUCUGCUGAUGCAAAGAAACAAGUUCGUGGAUCAACAUCUACCAAGAGAUCUCGAGCUGCAGAAGUUCACAACUUGUCGGAAAGGAGGCGGAGAGACAGGAUAAAUGAAAAGAUGAGGGCUUUACAAGAGCUUAUACCUCGAUGCAACAAGGUCCUUUAUAUUUCUGUUUUUAGUAGGCAUAAGUCAGACAAAGCUUCUAUGUUGGAUGAGGCAAUUGAAUACUUGAAAUCACUUCAGUUGCAAGUACAGAUGAUGUCCAUGGGAUGCAGCAUGGUCCCGAUGAUGUUCUCAGGCAUCCAGCAGUAUAUGCCACCAUUGGGGAUGGGAAUGGGAAUGGGCAUGGGCAUGGACUUGGGCAUGAAUCGGCCUAUGAUGCCAUUCCCCAAUGUGCUAGCCGGUGCACCCUUGCCAACACCAACUGCAGCUGCUCAUUUGGGUCCAAGGUUCCCUAUGCCAGCUUUUCAUAUGCCUCCUGUCCCUACCCCAGGCCCUGAUCCAUCCAGAAUUCAAGCAGCCAACCAGUCAGAUCCCAUGCUAAGUGCUAUAAGCGCACAGACUUCGCACCAACCAGGAGUCCCAAGUUUUGCUGAUCCUUAUCAGCAAUACCUUGGUCUCCAGCAGAUGCAAAUGCCAGUUUCACAGAACCAAGUAAUGACCCGGCCAAGUACAAGCAAGCCAGGUACCAAUCAAGGACCUGAGAAUGUUGAUAAUCACCAGUCAGGGACAUAAUAUGCCAAUAUUAGAAUAUAUAGUUAGCAGAGAUUUACAACUGCAGCACUUAGUGGUAUAGUUGUGCUGGCCUCUUAGAACAGUGGCACAUUGUUGUAUCGCAGUUUCAUCCAAAGAUUGCUCGUAUACUGCCCGUGCUGAAAAAUAUUUAUGUCGAUGAUGGAGCCUCAGCUUUGCUUUCAUGCUGAGAGUUUUUGGCAUCUCUCUUGUGAAAAGCUCUGCCUACUAAGUUUUGUAGUGUAAGAGAAGCAACAUCCCAAAGCAGCUUUUGCAACUGUCUAAAAUACAACAAUAACACAGCUAACAUGUAAUUAUUUAUACCUCCUUUUUUUUUUUUUUUUUUUUUUUUUUUUUUUUUUUCUGUGUAUUCUGGUUCUAGUCAUCUGUUUCGUUUUAUUUUUUUUAUUAAAAUUAUUUUUUAUUCAAACAAGUGAAAGUGGUUAAACGAUAGAACUUGAUGAAUAUAAAAAUGUGAACAUUAACCUUUCUUGAGUUCA